AUGACCACAGCUCAAAUUACAUUUACAUCUAAUGGGGGAAUGCAAUUCGUUAAAAAUUAUCAAAAAAAUGAUCAAGGAGGUGUAGAUGGUUGCUCUGAUGCUCUUGUAAUUCCUAUUCCACCUGAUCCUGAAAACUAUCGUGGUCCUGUUUAUGAUUUUAAGUAUUACUUUGCUAAAAGACCAACAAAUUCUAAUUAUCCUGAAUGGUACCUUGAUGUCCGAUUAGGUGAAAAGGCGUGUAGAUCUUUAAUGAAAACUAUUUGUAUCGCAGUAGAUAUCGAUUUGAAAGAUCGGGACAUU